AUGGACGCCGAGUACCCUGCCUUCGAGCCCCCGCUCUGCAGCGAGCUCAAGCACCUGUGCAAGCGGCUGCAGGAGGCGUGCCGGGAGCUGCAGGCGGACCUCGCGCCGGGCAGGGAUGACCGCUACUACAGGCUGGCGCCCAUGCGGCUGUACACGCUCUCCAAGCGCCACUUUGUCCUCGUGUUCGUCGUCUUCUUCGUCUGUUUUGGCCUGACCGUCUUCGUCGGGAUCAGCGGGCCCAAAGUGAUCCAGACUUCUGAAGCUAAUUUUUCAUUGAAUAAUAGCAAAAAGCUAAAGCCAAUUCACAUCCGUUCAAACCCGUUGUCCACGUACAACCAGCAGCUAUGGCUGACGUGCGUUAUUGAGUUGAAUCAAUCAAAAGAAAUGUCUAUUCAGACCAGCUUUCCCAUGACCGUUAAAGUUGAUGGCUUAGCUCAAGAUGGAACCACCAUGUUCAUUCAUAACAGAGUUCACAAUCGGACGAGGACCAUCACGUGUGCGGGGAAGUGUGCAGAAAUCAUUGUGGCUCACCUCGGCUACUUGAAUUACACUCAGUACACAGUGACUGUGGGAUUUGAACACCUGAAGGACGUAUCCAUCAAGGAAGUGACCUUCACGUGGAAGACUUACGACCCUGCAUUUUCCAAGCUGGAGAUUUGGUUCCGGUUCGUCUUUGUGGUGCUCACCUUCUUUGUCACCUGCCUGUUCGCACAUUCCCUCCGCAAGUUCUCCAUGAGGGACUGGGGCAUCGAGCACAAGUGGAUGGCCAUUCUCCUGCCUCUGCUGCUGCUGUACAACGAUCCGAUCUUCCCCCUCUCCUUUCUGGUGAACAGCUGGGCCCUGGGGAUGCUGGACGACCUCUUCCAGUCCAUGUUCCUGUGUGCCUUGCUGCUCUUCUGGCUGUGUGUGUACCACGGGAUACGGCUGCAGGGAGAAAGGAAGUGUUUGACUUUCUAUUUGCCUAAAUUCUUCAUUGUUGGACUGCUGUGGCUGGCCUGUGUUACACUAGGAAUAUGGCAGACAGUUAAUGAAUUACACGAUCCAAUGUACCAGUAUCGAGUGGACACAGGAAAUUUUCAGGGCAUGAAGGUGUUCUUCAUGGUGGUGGCCGCCGCGUACGUGUUAUACCUCCUGUUCCUGGUAGUGCGGGCCUGCUCCGAGCUACGCCACAUGCCUUACGUAGAUCUCAGGUUAAAAUUUUUGACUGCGUUGACUUUUGUAGUGCUUAUCAUUAGCAUCGUCAUCCUUUAUUUAAGGUUCGGAGCACAAGUAUUACAGGACAAUUUUGUAGCUGAACUGUCAACUCACUACCAGAAUUCAGCUGAGUUCUUAUCCUUCUACGGCUUGUUGAACUUCUACCUCUACACGUUGGCCUUUGUGUACUCCCCAUCGAAGACCGCCCUGUACGAGUCCCAGCUGAAAGACAACCCUGCGUUCUCCAUGCUCAAUGACUCCGACGAUGAUGUCAUCUAUGGGAGCGACUACGAAGACAUGCCCCUGCAGAACGGCCAGGCCAUCCGCGCCCAGUACCAGGAGGAGUCCGAGAGUGACUGAGCUGCGGGGCAGCGGGACGGCGGGGAGCACCUGCCUGCCCCGAACCCGCCGCGUCCAGACUUGGCCUAGAAGCAGAGAUUUCCUGGUCCUUAUUUGUUUACAUAUUUUUGAAAGGAAAACCAAAACUGAGGACACCUUCUAACGCUGGGCCUCAUGUAUUGUUGGAGUGGCUGCAUUCCCUGGGGAGGAGAGGCCCUGGCACAGCCGAUGCUUCUUCAGAGAUUUCAGAUGAGGGAGAGCUUAUCAGGGGUAGGGAGGACAUUGCUCCUGUUUUUAGUAGAGAGAAUUAUGUACUUAUUUAAAAAAAACUUUACUAAUUGCGAGUUUGUGGAAAACCUUUCUGGAUGAGGUCCACAGCAUGGUAGGAUCCCUUUUCCCCCGCCCCUUUAAACUCCCAGGGAAGCCUGUUUGUUCCCACGGAGUGGCCCGCGCUCUGGAUAACCAAGCAUCUGAGUGACCCGCAGCUCCCGUGGCUGUGACCCCAGCUCCCGUGGCUUUGAC